GCCCUCCCCGUCCCCAUAUAAACAUAUUAUAUAUGAUUCGUCCGGCCUCCUCUAGCCCUUCGGUUUUAGUGAUAUAUAUCACACUACUCACUAGCUUGUAGUUAUAGUUUCUCUAUAAAACGGUCUUUUCAAUUUGGGCCUGAGGCUAAGAUCGAUGUGAAUACCUCACAGCCAUGGGAGAAAAGGGUACAACAAUAAUGGAGCUGAAGGUUGAUCUUCAGUGCCGUCACUGCUACAAGAAGGUGAAGAAGGUUCUAUGUAAAUUCCCUCAAAUACAUGAUCAGAUAUACAACGAGAAGAAAAACACUGUGACAAUCAAAGUCGUUUGCUGCUGUCCUGAAAAGACUAUGCAAAAGAUACGCUGCAAGGGUGGCAAUUGCAUUAAGUGCAUUAAGAUCGUACCACCGCCUCCGCCUCCGCCUCCGCCACCCCCGCCUCCUCCACCACCACCGCCACCGCCACCGCCUCCUUGCAAGGUCGUUCCUGUGCUUGUACCGGUUUGCCCACCGGUUUACCCGACUGGUGUGUGUUGUAGGGAAUGUUCUGAGGGUGUUAGUGGGGGCCCGUGCUUGCAAGGCCAUGGCCAACCACGCCCAUGUUAUGUGGGCUAUGGGCGGCCAGUAUGUGAUAGUUAUGGUACCUGCGGUUGCAAUAGGGGCUGCUAUGUUAGCCGCUGUGAUUACUUUUCUGAAGAAAAUCCAUCGGGAUGCACAGUCAUGUAAAUGGAUGUGCAUGCAUCAUGUAUAUGUAUCAUCAUCAUCAUCAUGAUGUCCUAGUUUCUUCGUCCGUAUUUUUGUUUUCUUUACUUUCUUCAUAGGAUUAGAAAAGAUUAAUAAGGUUGCUGGGCUGGUUAAUGUCGGUACCGGUGGACAAUUGUUAAUUUACUUGAGUGCUAUGUGAGUUGCCAUGAUAUUUAAAUAACAUGAG